AUGGACUCCACGCCGCCGCCGCCAGCCUCUCUCUCCUCGGCCAGGCCCAAAUCCACCUCAAGGCUCUCCAAGCUCCGCCAUUACAGCGGAUCGCCCAUACCCCAACUCUCGCUCGAAAUCGUCCCUUCUUCCCCCAAAGUAGCGCCUCCAUCGCCGGAGGCGACGGAGAUAUCGCCAAGACCGCCGUACACACUGCCUCUGAAAGAAUUCCUAGUGCUCUCACCUUCGCCUCUUAAGAAACCGAAGGCCCGUUUGGCGGAAAGGCCCGAGGUGGGCGACGAAGGCGGCCCGGUGGAGAGCUUUGGGGUUAGGAAGAGGUGCAAGAACCGAAAUUCGAUUGCUUCGCCAAGGAGUGUUCGGAGGUCGAGGAGAAAAUUGGAGCAAGAUGUUGCUUUUAGAGAGGAAAGAGAGAGUCUUGGAGGGGAGGAGAUUUUGGUGAAGCCGAGGAAGAAGAGGCACGGCGAAAGACCAAGAAAGGAGAAAUCGGCUGCGCCUUCUAAAGUCCCAUCGCCGAGAACAAUUGAUGGUGUCGGGUACAAUAUCGAUGCGAUUGGCGAGAUUAUAAAUGAUUUGGUUAUGUGGAAAGAUGUCUCAAAGUCGAGCCUUUGGUUCGGUUUCGGGUCUCUCUGUUUUCUGUCUUCUUGCUUUGCAAGGGGUGUUAAUUUCAGCAUUUUCUCGAUCGUAUCUCGAGUGGGGCUUCUGUUCUUGGGAUUGGCAUUCUUCUCAAAUUCAAUGCGUAAACGGACUGGCAAUGAAAUUAAGCACGAGUUCAAGUUGAAUGAAGAUGAUAUACUUCGAGUAGGCAGAUUAAUGCUACCGGCUGCUAAUCUUGCUAUUUCGAAAACAAGACAAGUGUUUUCAGGAGAACCAGCCAUGACCCUCAAAGUGGUUCCAAUUUUUCUAGUGGGAGCGGAGUACGGUCAUCUUAUAACCCUAUGGAGAUUAUGUGCACUUGGGUUCUUCAUCAGCUUCACAGGCCCGAAGCUCUAUUCUGCCUACUCUUCUCAGAUACUGAAGAAAGUCGAAUAUUUGAAAACGUCGGCUAUGGAAGCAUGGGGAAGCUGCACACACAAAAGGGUUGUGGCUGCAUCGGCUGUGACAGCCUUCUGGAAUCUGACGUCCAUCAGAACUCGUAUAUUUGCCGCAUUCUUGUGUCUAGUGAUGCUAAAAUAUCACAGACAGCAGUGGGAAGUAACAGGAGAAGGAGAAGAAGGUAAAUCGGAAGCAAAGCCGCAGGAACAAGAAAAGGCGAUAGUAGCAGUCGAAAUUGAAUCGAACAAGUAA